AUGAUAAAAGGCGAAGCACCACCACGUGGACGACGGCCUGCGGUAGAUCGAAACAGUGCUGGGACUACGUGGCUUGUGCAAGCCGGAUUCGCACCGCAUACCGUUUUGCACGCGGUGAUUCCAGGCGGCAGAAGACCCAGAAGUAGCCCUCCAUCAGGGCCUCUGCCGACCGGUCUGCAGCUGCUAAGAGAUCUGACAGAGGAAAGGGAGACCCUGUGCAGACAGAGAAAAGAGCUUAGGCAAGAAGAGAGAGAGAUGCAGGAGCAACUAGAGCAUGCGGGCAAGGGCCUUAGUCUCUUCCAGACUGUUUUACUCGACUUGGGAGUCUCUGGCCUCCAAGGUCUUUUACCGCAGCAAAACGGCAAGGGGGAAUCCACCACACAGACUUCUGCUCCCUCGGCAUCACCGUCUUCACAGUGUCUCGCCGCUGUGCCGCUUGAAGCAGCUCCCGAGCAGGCGGGGGGAAGCACUCCCCGCUUGGCUCGUUCCCUCCUACAAGCGGCUCAGGGGCUUAAAGCUCCUGCGAAAGAAGGUCUUCAACUCCUCAGCAAGCCCCUCUCCUGGCUGAGGGAAGGGGGCCUUGCCUCAGAGCCCGCAGAAGCUAAAGAACUUUCAGAUAAGACUUCCCACCAAGAAGUGUCACUCCUCCAACAAGCGGCGGAAGUGCACGAGCCGACCGCCAUUUUGGGGGACGUUCCCUUUAAAACUGGCAAGGAGGAACCGUACAUGUGUAGAGAAUUCUCUCAUACCCCCGCAUGCAGACAGUCUGAGGGGCGCCUAUCCUUGGAAGGCCUAGAUCUAGAGGCCUUGACACGACGGCCUUCUAAGAUUCAGGCGGGGAGCAGGCCUCCUAAGGAUUCAGCACCGUCUCUAGAGACUCCCCACGCGGUUUCAGCGGCAGAAGAAGAUAUCAGGAAAGGCUGCUCCGGCAGUAAGACUCAAAACAGCAUCAGUAUCAGCAGGAAGCAGCAAGAGUGGAAUUGCAGAAGCCGUCUCUUGGCGCUGCAGAUUAGUGAGGCCUUGGGCCUAGAGGGGCCCUCCGGGGCAUUUGCUGCAGCUGCAGCAUCAGCUGCAGCAUCUGCUGGAGCUCAUGAUGCGUUAGAUAGUGCUGAAGAUGAUUCCGAAGACGAGGAAGCAGGAAAAAUGUGCAAUGGCGUUCAGCGUGAUGCUGGUGCCGCCACUCCUGGAGCACCAACACAGCAGACACCAGAAAUAUCGCCCACACGAGAUACUCAUGGGGCUCUUCCCGCUUCUGAGGCUGCUGUAAUCAAACAGGAAGAGUCUUCCUGCGCUCUCCCUUACUCUCAGCAACAGCAACAGCAAGAACAAUCGCAGGAGCGACAGCAUUUUGUUCCUGCAGAUCCUGUGCAUGAAGCAAAAGCUGCUAGUGCAGCAAAACCGGGCCCUUCCGCUGUAACCGCCAUAGCACUAGGUGACGUUAGGACUAGCUGCUCUCCUCAAAAAACGCAGCAUGUAGACCAAUACGGGCCUACUGUGUCGGUCUCAUCGCCACAUGCAGGGCCCCCUGAUGCAGCACAGCACGAUCUGCGGCACCCCAAAAUAGCAGUCACACCGUUGAUAUGUGAGCUGGGGGAGUCCCAAACUCUCGAGAAAACGCCAGAGAGGGCUGCCCACUCAGGCGAAAUGCCUUGUGUAGAUAUGGCCGGCAGAAGUAACGACCGCAGCCCUACCUGCAGCAGCACAAGCAGCAGCAACAAUAGAAGCAGCAGCACUGGCAGCAGGCGUACUGCAGCAGAGCCCCUUACACUCGAAGCAUCAGGAUUCAGCAGCAGCAGAAUCAGCAGCACCAGCAACAACAGUAGCGAUAGCAGCAGGAGCAGCAGCAGCAAACGGUCCGAUAUUGCGGGGCCGAACAGGCGGCAAGGAGCCCAAGCCAGUGGUAGCAGGGACGGCGGCACGAGCACCAGCAAACGAGAACCUGCUGCUGCGCUCUUGGCAGAGCAGGGUCAGGUAGCAGUGGACACAUUCCGUUCGCGAAGGCUCCCUGGAGGGGGGCCCUCUGUUGAUGGGGGCUUGAAAGGCCACUGCGGGAAAGAGGGCGUGGCACCAAAGACUCUGUGGGGUGUCCAGACGACCCAACCUCAGGCGAGCCGCAGUACAUCCCGAGCACCAGCACCAAAAACAUUGGAACCAGCUCAGACUGCUGCUGCGGCGGGGCCCUUUGAAGGGGCCCACGCAGAGAACAGUGAAGCCCCGAGCUUAGAUGCUGAGGUAGGCCUUUCAGAGUCGGGGGCCCUCCAAGUCAAGUGGAACGUGCGGGGGGCCCCCACAGGGCUUCUAGAGCUACAGGCGUGUGUACUUGACUGCAGCAGAGGCACUCAGCAUCAGGAGCUACUGCAUUCCACACGGAGCCCACUUGUGCUUCCUGCGCUCCCCAGCAGCGGAGAGUAUCACAUCACCCUCCUAGUCCGACAGCAGCAGCAGCAACAGCAGAAGCCCCUAUGUGGGCUAUCUGUACAGCUGUGCCUCGACGGCGGGAAAAUCAAGAGCAAACGAAUCCGGGCUCUCGCGGUCCAGAGGCUGUCCAUUAUGGGGCCUCCCAUCACCCCAGUAGGGGCCCUCACCCCCCGGGGGCCCCCCUCUCCUGCUGGAACAAGGGCCUCCACUAACAGUCCUGAGUACGUGUCCAGGGUCUCUCAGCGGGAGGGCCCCGACGCAUUGGACGGUGCACUGAGCAUCUCGGAGUUGCAGGAGGAGCAGCAGCCAUCUCAUGCCUCCGACCAUCCUGACAAGGGGCCCAUGGAGCAGCAGCUCGCUGCCAAGGGGGCGGCCACUGAAAGUUCGCCCUCACUAUCGAAGUGUCGAGCAUUCUUGUAUGACAGUCACACGGCAAAGUCUGCAGCGAAAGCAACAACCCCACCAACCCUGCCGCAUCCAGCAGCACAAGCUGGGCAGGCAGCCCACGCUGUCAAUGCAGCGCCUGGCUUCCCGUUUAAAGCAGCCGACCCGAGCUGUAGUGCAGCACGUGAGUUUCCCACAACGCCCCAGUCUGUUGCAGGGGCGACAUCGGGGAGAGCACCCUCGGCGUCUCCUCAUCCAGCAGCAGCAGCAAAAGCUGCAGUUCUGUUAAGAGGCCCAAUUACAUCCGAGGCUUCCCCAAUACUGUCUACGACCAUGGGGGCUCACCCUGUUUUUCGGGCAAAUCCUUUUCUUCAAGGAAUGCCUCAGAGGUCCCUCAGCCUUCAGUCUUUAACGGCUCACUCUAUGCCACAGACGAGCACCAAGCGAUCUGAAAGUCCAGAAGCGCCAGCCCGCGAGAUCGCCUUCCUUCCUCCACCUGCAGCAGUUGCAGCGCAGGGAGACUCCGGGCACAUGAGACAGGUCGCCUGGGGGCCCCCCAAGGCUCUCUUCACCCCCAGGCACCUCGCGGGAUACGCUUCACAAGGUGCCACUGCAUUAAACGCUCCCGGGCAGCGGGAACGCCAGAUGAAGAGAGGACCCCUAGGAGGAGUCCCUCCAUCGUACAGUCUUGGAAGCCAACUGGGGUACCGCCACGCAGGAGUAGCAACAAGCGCAUGCAUAGGAACCUCUCAGUGGAGCCCUCCAUCUUGGGCGCCUUUAGGGGCUCCGCAAGGGGCUCAAAACGGUCUAGGACGCCUAACAGAAACACCAGCAAUAGCAGCAACACCUGCAGGCCCUCCCUCCACAAUCACACCGCUUGAGCUGACGAAUACAGCUGGGCCCCUUCCACGCGGAUUACUGCCUCGUACAACACCAGAGCACACCGGCUAUCCUCAGCAGCUAACUUCCCAUGGAUCUUUGAGCUAUGGGGGCGGCUGCGGUGCAAACACUCAACUGUACAUGCACCCCAGGAGUGGCAUGCAUGCAGAUCGCGUGGCCUCGCAUACCGCAGUACCACGGUCUGGGGGGGACCCUCUAGGAGCGUUUCGAACGGGAGAACAGACGCUUGGUGCUCAACCACUUCCGCGGGCGGCUCCCACACUACCUCACACCCUCGGCCACGGCAGUCGGGGGCGCAGUAUAACACCCACAUACAAGCCAACCCCGUUCUUCAGAGAAGCCCUCAGCAAUAACAACACUCUUAGAGGCCUUCAAGGAGAGCCUCACGAGGGGGUCCACGGGACUACCCCACGAACCUCCGUGAGGCCGCAGCAGACCCAAUCAAUGACUCCACGGAGAGAAGCUCUCGCACUAGGUGCACCUGAAGGGAGUUUGCGGCCUCUUGGAGGCACGUCCCUCAUUUACACAUGCGGAUACCCAGUGGGCGCCCCGGCGAUGAGGAGAAGCGUCAGCCUCUCGAGGUCGCUUGGGCCGUCCUCUGGAAUGUCAUGGGCGGUUCCUCAGGUGCAUGUACACCCCGCAAGAAUUGGCGCUCGCAACAGCCUAGUUGGAACGGUCGCUCCCGUGAACCUUUGUGGCCCCCUUGGAGAUCCUCCAACUGCCCCUCAACACCAACGGGCACUGCAACGGGGCAGCUCACCCAGAGGGGCAACUCUGCGCCUCGUACACGCAGCCCCUACUGGACACGGCCACCACACACCCCUGUGCAACAACGCACCCAAAGGAGGAAGAGAAAAACAAACUAUGCAGCCUACUCCAGAGCAGAUGAAGACGCAAGAACAGCUGCAUCCGCAGCAAAAACCGCAGUCUACUCCACUACGGCAUGUUAGGGGCCAAGAUCCACCUCCACAUGAAGAAAAGCUCACGCAAUGGGUCUUCCUCUCUCAAGAAGAAAAGCAGGCCAGAGGCCCAGCUAGAGCCCUUCUAACGACCCCGUAG